AUGACAGACGUCGAUGCCUAUCGGGAUGCGGAAUACAUCGCUGACGUGUCCGGAAUAUCCUAUGACGAUGCGGAGCCCCCAAGGCCUACAGGUACGGUCAGCAGCCAGAACGCCCGCGUGAAGAAAGUCCAGUCGACCGCCAAAGUCAUAUUUAUCGAUCGUUUACUACGCGAUCUUGACAUAUUAAUUUAUUGUCAAUUAUCCGCUCUUUAUUACAUGGACUGUUCAAUAAUUCUGUUUGCCAUACGUGCCAUCGUCGAAUUGAUCUGUUUCACUCCAAAAGCACCCCCUUUCGAACCUACACGCACUCAGCCUUUCGUCGGCGCCAUCAUCGGCAGCAACCUCAUAUGCAUGCUUUUCCAUGCCUUCAUUAUUCGUCCUGAAGCUGGGGAGGAGACCCGCGGCUACCUCCAUGGGGGUUUGUUUAUCGAUUUCAUCGGGCAGGCUCCCGUCUCGGUUACCCAGCUUCUCUCAUUCGACCUUGUAAUCUUCCUAAUCGAUAUCAUCAUGCUGGGCUUGAUCAUCGAGCGGGUAAAGACCACAGGAACUCUGGCCCCGACCCCUGCAACCACAAAUACAGAUCCAAAUACCGAUUCCAUAGAAACCGAGGACUCGCAGUCACAAGACCAUGAUGCCGAGGAGCGCGGUGUGCGCCGAGAAGCUAGCGAUGAACCAACUUCCCCGGCUCGUGAUAGUCCAGACUCACUUCACAGUACCCCUAUCGACGACGAGGUUGAGGAAGAGCGCACGACGCUCUUGGCGGAUCCCACCGACCCUGAAUCUGGAGGUGCUGCUCGGAGCGGACAUCCGAUGGAUACAUUUUCGUCUGGAGAAGCUGUUAUUGUCAGCAUGAGCUUCUUUGGUACACUUCGUGAUCAGUGGCGCCAUUCGAAUGCACCCGUACAGCCGACAACGGGCUUUGUACCCUCACCGGAAACAGCAACCUUCCUUCGGCAGCGCUUUGGUCUCCAGGUUGGGACCAACGGUCGCAUCGAGCGUGUGAAUCCAUGA